GCCGCGCCUCGCUGCCACCCCGGGAGGGGCGCGGACCAUAGAGCGGGAGGUAGGCAGGCGCUCUGCCGCGGGGGCCUGUGGGAUGCUGGAGGACCGCGCGGGUGGAGGUGGCGGAUCGCGGCCUGGCAGCCCGGCACCGGCGGAGUGUCUGAAACUUGGAGUGACGAAACAUGUCUCAGUCAGGUGAAAAAGUAAAGUUUUCUGAUGGAGCAGGCUAUGUGGGAUUUGCUAAUCUGCCCAACCAGGUCCACAGGAAAUCUGUGAAGAAGGGCUUUGAAUUCACACUGAUGGUGGUUGGUGAGUCUGGCUUGGGGAAAUCCACUUUAAUUAAUAGUCUGUUCCUGACUGAUCUUUAUCCAGAACGUUAUAUUCCCGGAGCAGCAGAGAAAAUAGAGAGAACAGUUCAAAUCGAAGCUUCUACAGUAGAGAUAGAGGAGCGAGGGGUGAAACUGCGUUUAACAGUAGUAGACACACCAGGAUAUGGAGAUGCCAUUAACAGCCAGGACUGCUUCAAAACAAUUAUCCAGUACAUUGACAACCAGUUUGAAAGAUACCUGCAUGAUGAGAGUGGUCUAAACAGACGACACAUUGUAGACAACAGGGUCCACUGCUGUUUUUACUUCAUCUCUCCCUUUGGGCAUGGGCUGAAACCGUUGGAUGUAGAAUUCAUGAAGGCUCUUCAUGGAAAAGUCAACAUUGUCCCUGUGAUUGCCAAGGCCGACACACUGACUCUGAAGGAGAGAGAGAGGCUGAAGAGAAGAGUUCUGGAUGAGAUUUCUGAACAUGGCAUUAGAAUUUACCAGCUCCCUGAUGCCGAUUCUGAUGAAGAUGAGGAAUUCAAAGAACAAACCAGAGUUUUAAAGGCUAGCAUUCCCUUCGCUGUUAUUGGAUCCAAUCAACUUAUUGAGGUGAAAGGGAAAAAAAUCAGAGGCCGUCUGUAUCCCUGGGGAGUUGUUGAAGUUGAAAAUCCAGAGCACAAUGAUUUCCUUAAAUUGCGCACAAUGCUGGUAACACACAUGCAGGACCUGCAGGAGGUGACCCAAGAUUUGCACUAUGAGAACUUCCGCUCAGAGAGGCUAAAACGAACUGGCAAGCCUGUUGAAGAAGAAGUUGUAGACAAGGAUAGAAUCCUCCAGCAGAAAGAGGCUGAGCUGCGCCGCAUGCAGGAGAUGAUUGCACAGAUGCAAGCCCAAAUGAGGAUGAAGCCCAGUGAUGAUUAAGAUGUUUAACAUCUGGAUGCAUCAGCAGUGUACACUUCUCUAAGUGGAUGGGUGCUCUGUUUUCUUUGACCAAGUGGUAACGUUCAAAUGCAAAAGCCGGAUGCCGCAGAUCAAGACCUGCGUUAAAACAAACACAAAGUCUGAAGAUUGUGUUGUAAAACUGCUUGUUUUUAUAUAUUCAAUGUUAAUCAAGUCAUAUUGUAUCUUUUUUGAGUACUUUGGUAACACUGUCUUCAUACUUCUAAAUGUGUUUUUAUUCUCCUUCCUAUACCUUUUGAUACAGAAAUGCCUAGGGUAUGCUGGUCGGGCUAGUCGUUGUGCGGGGUUUAAGGAGUUAAUCGUGUACCUGCUAGAUUCUUCUGAACCGUUUUGUGAUUAAUUCUAAAAGACUUUGUGGCCUGUUUACAGUAAAUGUAUGUGUGUUUGCACAGUAUCCUAACUUUCACUUGCUAUUUGAAGCCAUUCUGUAUUGUAUCAGCUUUUUCCUAACUUUCUCUGUGAUCUGAUGACUUUUCAAGCUUCCUCUCUGGUGACUUGUAUUUGUGUGAUGUAUGAGAAAAUGUACAAGACACUGACGGUACACCAGUGGUGCAGAGAAGCUGGCUUUUCUAAAUCAUUGUGCCUUAAAAUAUUGUGAACACUAUGCAUGCCAGAAACUUCUGUGGAUACCUCUGAAGAUGUGUCUGCAGGUCUCAAGUAUUGCUUGCAAGAAUUCCCGUCACAGGCAUCUUUCUCUCAGCUGAGUGAUGGCAUGUACCGAACCUUUUAUAUACCAUGACACUAAUUUUCAUUGAGGUUUUGUAAUAAAUGUAUGAAUGUGGAAAAAGUUGAA